UUCCUCAAUUUUCUCGCAUUUUCCAUCGUUUUCUCUUCUAUAAAUUCACCCCUUCUCCGUCUUCCCCAACCUCCGCCGCUCUUUCUCUCUCCGCUCUGAAUCUGCUUCUUCACCGCCGGAUUUCCGCCGUUUUCUCGGAAAUCGUCCCCUUCUCCGCCGCUCCAUCCUUUUAGAUGCUUAAUCUCUUGUUCUUGAUGUUUGAGAUAAUUCAUGUCUCCGAUUCUUAGUGAAAUUCUCCGUUCUGGUUUUAUGAUCAAUUCCUCUCUCCGGCGCCGCACGCAUCUGGUUCAAUCUUUCUCCGUCGUCUUCCUCUACUGGUUCUACGUGUUUUCAUGAACUUCCCUCAUCCCUCUGCCUCAGAUUAUCAAGAUUGCCAGAUCGAUUAUCGAUUCCGAGAUUAUUAAUUUCGUUUUCGUUGUUGUCGUCGUUUUCGAUUUAGUUUUUUUCUGUUUCUGCCGUAGAUAAGAUAUUCUGUAAUCUAUAAUCUGUAGUCUGUGUUGUGCUGCUGUAAAUAUUUGUAAUACUAUUUAUUGUCGAUCUCCAUGGCUUCUUCAAGCGGAAAUUCCUCUGGUUCGACCCGGCUUCAGAACUCAGGUUCCGAAGAGGAUUUGCAGGUUCUGAUGGAUCAGAGAAAACGGAAAAGAAUGCAAUCGAAUCGCGAAUCGGCGAGGCGAUCUCGGAUGAGGAAGCAACAGCAUCUGGACGAAUUGAUGGCGCAAGUGACUCAAUUAAGGAAGGAAAACGCUCAGAUUCAUUCCAAUAUAAACAUUACAUCGCAACUUUAUAUGAACAUCGAGGCCGAGAACUCGGUUCUGAGAGCUCAAAUGGCGGAGCUGACGCAGAGAUUGCAGUCGCUCGAGGAGAUCGGUGAUUGCAUAAACUCCAAUGGUGGAUUUGGAGAAGCAGAUCAAGAAGAGGUGUUUCAGAUUCAGACAAAUGCGGCUGCCGAUUGCUUCAUGAACCCGUUGAAUCUCCUGUACGUUAACCAGCCGAUCAUUGCCGCUGCCGAUAUCUUCCAUUAUUGAAUUCUGAAGCUUAAUUUCUUGAUCUCUAUGUGUUGAAAAUUGGGAUCGAUCUUCUGGCCAGAUCUUCUUAGGUUAUUAUUGGAACGAUGUUGAUCAGAUUCGGAUGUGUAAAAGGACGUAGAAAUGGGGUAAUAGUUGAAAUUAUUUUUGUAAAAGGGGCCAUUUGUGCAAAUCACAUCAAAGCCAUUAUUCCUCUUUAAUUAUUGUUUAUGCAUCUAAACUUAUAUUUAUAAAUUCUUAAUUUUCUCCUCUCA